GUCCAGUCUUCGCUACGUAAUCGCGGUUGUAUGCAUAGACUUCCGUUCCUCGUCAACUCUUCGUACCUUUCAUCUUUCUCUCUCGAAUGAAUCGCUCAUAAAAUCGAUGGCAAUGUCUUCAGAAAAGUUCGAAGACCUCGAGGAGGAAGUGAAGGUCCUUUUGGAAGACGUAACACAACGAGUUUACCACCGGAUUCCCAAACUAUCUGGAGAACAACGAAAAGCUGCUGUAAGAGAUGUUGAAAAGAAAAUCGAAAAUGCCUUCAUUAUUAUUGACGAACUGGAUGAAGAAGCUAGCGCCGCCCCUGGGGCCUACAGGAACAGCAUGAUGACACGAGUCAGGACAAUAAGAAGGGACUUUGACAAGCUUAAAAAGGACCUGGGAACAAAAAGCUCAACUGGGAACCGGGUAACAUUUGGAAGAGAAGAAUUGUUUGAUGCAGAUCCUAUGGAUGAGAACCGUAGUCGAGUUGCUCAAGGAAUUGAUAGCCUGAACAAGACUUCUGAUAGUAUUGCAAGGUCCACUAGAGUUGCUGUUGAGACUGAACAAAUUGGUGGGGAAAUCAUAGAUACACUAGGUGACCAAAGAGAAUCUCUCCUCAGAGUUCGCGAUAGAUUGAAAGACACUCAUUCAGAUUUGGGAAGAAGCAGACGGAUACUCAACAUCAUGGCCAUAAGAGUCGCAACCAACAAAAUUAUUCUUCUCUGCAUAAUAAUAGUUGAGCUAGCAAUUCUUGGGGGAGUAGUAUACAUUAAGUUUUUUAGGAAAAAGUGACAGAGAAACUGCAGAAAUCAUGUAUUAAAAUAUUGAUAACCAAGUGUAGGGAGAGAAUAACAUAACAAUGUUGCAAUGAAAAAAAAAUCAGAAAUGUCUCUACAUAGAUCUUGCAUCCUUGGAAAUACAGGUCGUCAAGGUGACAUGCGUGAGUAAGAGGCGGAACAAUGCCACUGCUCCUUUCCCUCUCCUCCCAUGUCGCUCUUGCGUCUCGUUAUACUGACCAUGACACCCAGGGUACCCGAGGAAGUAGAUCUUGUAACCAAUUUGUUGUCCUGCUUUAUUUACAUAAAAUCCCCCACUGCAUGAGCUAAAUGUUGCAUCACAUGUUAGCAGGAUUCCCUGUUCGCAGGAUUCCCUGUUUUUGGUUAAGGUUACGGGGUGCUUUGAAGUGAAAAUUCUAUCGAAAAAAAAUAUUUUUGCAUCUUUAAAUUCCCUACUACAUUACCUUUAUUAUAGCAAAGAAAAAUGUUUGCAUUUUUAUCAUCUUCUCGAGAUAAUAAGAAAAACCGAAUUUUUCUUGAAGACUUUGUGUAAGCAUCAAGGUGUUUUAAUCGUUUAAUCCUCUUUUCAAUUACUGGAGCCCAGUACAGUGUUUCCUACAUCUGGGACCUCAGGUUAUAGUUAAUUAGCAUACUGUUUUUACCCGGAAGGCGAGACUUCAAAAGUCUCAAAAUCAGUCCCUUCGUCCUUUAUCAGUCCCUUCGUCCUAAAUUAUAUUUAAUCGAUGGAUAAACAAAUGAGGUGGAAGUCUGCAAGAGGUCGCCUCAAGCAUAAAACAAAGGGGAAGAUUUCUAUACUGUAUAAAAGAUCUUGCUAAAAGCAAAAGGGAUACUCUUCAAGGCUUUCCUUGUCUUACAUGUAGUUUGUCCCUACAACCCGCUUAAAGGUUAUCAGCAAAGAAUGCAUCUUCAUAUCCAAAAUCAAUACAUUGAGAUGAAGUGUUGAGUUACGGCACCAUAUAUGGUGUUUGACAUAAGCCAUAAAAAGUAAAGAUCUGCCAUAUAGUUUAGACACAUUAAAAAUUUUAAGGGAUGUCAUUUGCUGAAAACAAGCACGUGAUUAAAACCCUUUAAAAAAUCAACCAUUUCAUAGAACUACAAAACAAAUAGGAUUAUCGUAUUUCCCAUUUAUCAAGCUUUACAAUGACAUGAGCAUAUUUGAUUAAAUCCGACACGAGGCGUAUCAACAUUUUUCCUCAACACUUUGGGUUUUUCAGCGUCCUGCGGGCUUAAGGCACCCCGUAACCUUAGCCCCCCCCCCAAAAAAAAAAACCCUCAUUUGGACAAGAAAUGCUAAAUGAUCAAAAUGCACAAACCUCAGUUUUAUACAUCAAACAUCCCUUAUCUAACAAUUGUUGUAGCCAAAAUAUUUUAGAGAGUUCAAGUAUUUACCUUUUCACAUUAUAAUGAAAAUACUUUCUCUGAAAAACAAAAACGCAAUAAUUGUGUUCAUUAAAUUCAAAGGUUUAGGUAAGUUAUAAUAAAAGAAAAUCAAACCUGGGUAUCAGAUGGAACCUGAUCGUUCGUUUCAAAAGGGAGAGGAAGUGAAACAAUUGAUCACGUGCCAUCUGAUAAAUCAGACUGAGGGAGGGGUCAAACUUUUUUUUGUUGAGGGUGUGGAAUAACCGGCUGCUGAUACUGUCAUAUUUUCUGGUUGAAAUACUAGUUAUUUAUCAUUCCUGGGUUUAGAAACAUCAACAAGAUUUUCUUAAGUGUUUUUUUUUUUUUUAAGAUUUAGAAGACUUUCUGAUAGAAUGGGUAAAUAGAUUUGUUUUAAGACAAUCAUACUUGCCAACCUUAAAAGCUGAUAAACCAAGAGAUUGUGUUUCAAAUACAAGAUCUCUAUAAGAAAUAAUUAACAAAUUUUCACAGGGAGAUAAUGUAUUGGAAGUUUCGAUUUUUUUGCCUGGAGAUGAAGGCUUAAAACCUGGAGUCUCCAGCGAAAUCCGGGAGAGUUGGCAGGUAUGAGACAACAUAUUAUGUUGAAAAUCUGGGUGAUUUUGACCCAAAUAAGGGGAACUUCUUUGAGCUCUAGUAGGAUUGACCCCCUUUAGGGCAUACCUAUAAUUGAUGCAAAAUUGUUGUACAGACAUAGCAACAUCAACUCACAAAUUUAUACUUUCAUUUAAUUUGUAAAUAAUGGAUAAUCACCCCAAGUAGAUCAUUUUGUCGGACAUUGGUUUGUCAAACACUAAUCCAAAUGAAUUAAAAUGUGCUGAUACACAGUAAA